CAAGCAGCAGCCGAAAUUUCAGUCCCGUGUCGGCGACAACAAAUAAUCUACAUACCUGGAUGGUAUGAAAAUAGAUUAAACGGUGAAAAAUAAUGUUUCAACUUUAUGAAGGACCAAGGACUGAUGGCAUGGGUUACCAUUCUUCACAUCCCAGGGGAAAAGAAGUAGAUAUUCUUGAGACUUGUCUUCAAUUAUCCUCUCCCGAGCUUAUUUGCAAGAUACCAAACGGCGAUGCGACACGGCGAGUGAAAGAUGGCCUGGUUUCGUCAUCGGGAAAAGAAAAACUCAGCUCUCGUGAAAAUGGAAAUGGACUUGGUAAGCGUUGGCUAAUCAUUCUAGGAUUGCUAUUCCUGGGGUGUGCUAUUGUAGCAGGUGUUGGUCUCCCCCUGGCCCUUGAACUUCGGAGUUCGCAUCUCCUAGAAGCUAGACUUCUCGUUGUCAAACGGAUACUGUCCGAAACUCCCCUAAUUGAUGGCCACAAUGACUUUGCAUGGAAUCUACGCCAAAGUGGUGGUACAGCCAAAGACUUUCCUUUCGAAGAAGAUCUCUCUAAAAAUGUAACUUGGGGUCCAGAGUGGCAAACCGAUUUAGUCCGUCUUCGACGUGGGAAUGUCGGGGCUCAAUUUUGGUCAGCGUAUGUGCCAUGCGAAGCUCAGUUCCUAGACGCUGUUCAACUAACUUUAGAACAAAUCGAUCUUGUAAGAAGACUCACAUCUAAGCAUCCUGGUGGAAUGCGACUUGUAACCUCCAGCGCAGAGCUUGAAAAAGCUCACAAAGAUGGAGUAAUUGCUAGUCUCGUUGGUUUAGAGGGCGGACACAGCAUAGGCUCGUCCAUGGCAGUUUUACGUAGUUUUCAUUUAUUGGGUGCAAGAUACAUGACCUUGACACAUCGUUGUAAUACUCCAUGGGCCGAUUCAAAUUUGGUGGAGGAUCCGAACGAGGAUGUUCCAUUAGAUUUUCAUAGUGGAGGGCUAUCCGGAUUUGGGCGUGCAAUUGUAAAGGAACUGAACAGAUUAGGGAUGUUGGUAGAUCUGUCUCAUGUUUCAACUCAAACAAUGAGGGCUGCGUUAGCAGCCACUAAAGCCCCAGUAAUUUUUUCACACAGUGCCGCUAGAGCAUUAUGUAACUCUUCAAGAAAUGUUCCUGAUGACAUACUUCGCAAUCUCUCUCUGAAUGGGGGGCUAGUCAUGGUGAGCUUUGAUAGCGCUCAUCUUAGCUGUAGUACUUCGGCAUCUAUGCACGAUGUUAUAGUUCUUAUUGGUUUUAUUUCAGCACAUAUCACUCAUAUUCGUAAGACUGCAGGAGUGAAUCAUGUCGGGCUUGGUGCAGGCUAUGAUGGAAUUGUUAGGUAUGUCCAAAGUUUAUUUUAUAAAUGUGCCGAAGAAAUGACAAUAAAAUUUUACAGCCCUCCAACAGAGUUACCCGAUGUUUCCGGCUAUCCUUUGCUACUGGCGGAGUUAACAAGAGAUAGGCGGUGGUCGGCAGCAGAUAUAAAAAAAUUAGUCGGAGGAAACUUAUUGAGAGUUUUAAAAGAAGCCGAAAGUCAAUCAUCAGCUCUUUCCGGACAGCCUCCCGCCGAAGAGUGGAUCGCGCAAGAAUUAAUCGAAGAUUCUGCCUACUGCAGAUAUCACGAUACGUAAAAAGAAUUAUUAAUUACUUAAUGUGGACAUAUGGACACAUAACGAUUGUUUAAACUCAAUUAUGUAAUCUAGAAUAGCUGUGAUCGUAAUCUGCAUUCCAUGAGAUAAAUAAAUGUCAAUAUAUUCUAAGUUUUUAACAAAAA